AUGGAUGGUGGGAAUAAUGGGAAGGGAGGAUAUGGUGUCUUGUGCAUAUGUACGCAAUGCGAUAUGCAGUGCGAUAUGCAGUAUGCAGUGUACGGUGCAGUAUGCAAGAAGCCGGAAUUUAUGCUGUGGAGCUGUGCUAUUGCUGGAUGGUUGGUGGUUCAUGGGUGGGUGGAGUUUGUGUUAGGAGUGGGAGGAGUGUGA